GCUAACUGUUUUGGCUUGGGUUCAAAUACUGAUGAGAAGCACAUGAUCGGUAACAAUGUAUUUUCCAAACUAGUCAAGCACUACAGAUGCGGUGAUCUGUGUGUGAUGUACCUGGCUUUCGUGGAUCUACAGACGAGUUCUCAUUCAGUCCCUGAGGGCUCUCUGGAGUCAAACAAGGAUACGACUACACACCGCUGAGGCUGUUCUAAAUUGAUUGACACCUCCAUUCUGCACCAUGAGGAAAUUUGUCCUGCUGUGUCUGCUGGCUCUGUGCCAUGCCAAACCCUACAAGCCAAUCAACAUCAUGGACGUCCUGAGAGACCAUGAUAUCUUGAUGCGAGACGCAGAUGAUGAUGAUGAUGAUGAUGAAAAUGACCUUUUCCCGUCCUGGGAUCCCCCUGAGCCAGACUGCCCUUUCGGUUGUCAGUGUUCUCGACGGGUGGUUCAGUGCUCGGAUCUGGGUCUAAUAUCAGUCCCAGACAAGAUUCCAGUGAACACAUUGAUGAUUGAUCUUCAAAACAAUGACAUAACCGAAAUUAAGGAAGAUGACUUCAAAGGCAUGGACAAGCUUUAUGCCCUCUACCUGGUCAAUAACAAGAUAUCAAAGGUCCACCCCAAAGCCUUCCGCAGUAUGGAGAAGCUGCAGCUGCUGUAUCUGUCCUACAACCUGCUGACCCAGAUCCCUCCCAACCUGCCCCAGAACAUCCUGGAGUUACGCAUCCACGACAACAAGAUCAACAGGGUCCAGAAAGAGGCAUUCAAGGGGAUGAGAUCACUGCAUGUUCUUGAGAUGAGUGCCAACCCACUUGCUAAUAAAGGGAUCGAGUUGGGGGCCUUUGAUUCCAUGUCUACCCUGUACAUAAGGAUUGCAGAGGCAAAACUAACAGCAGUGCCAAAAGACUUGCCUUCCUCACUAACGGAGCUCCAUCUGGACUACAACAAUAUUGCAAAAGUGGAAGUAGAGGACUUUCUCAGAUACAAAAACCUGAUGAGGUUGGGUUUGGGAUUCAACCAAAUCAAAUCUGUGGAGAACGGAAGUUUAGCCAGCAUACCAAACCUCAGAGAAGUACACCUGGACAACAACAAGCUGAAAAAGGUCCCACCAGGUUUAAGCUCACUCAAGUAUCUCCAGGUGGUAUACCUCCAUGCCAACAACAUAAACAGCGUGGGGGUCAAUGACUUCUGCCCUGUAAGGUCUAGGGCAAAGAAGAACCUCUACACAGGAAUCAGCCUUUUUGCCAACCCUGUCAAAUACUGGGAUGUCCAGCCUGCCACAUUCCGCUGUGUGUCCGGCCGAAGGGGAGUGCAGCUGGGCAACUUCAGGAGAAAGUGAUCUAUCCAUUCUCAGCCACUAGGGGGCAUUCUUACCUCAACAUUCGGUUCUAUGGCUGCUGUAGGCUAUAGCAUGAUGAUAUGAGUAAGGUUGCCUCUGUACACUGAGCUUGGGUCAGUCAUUUGAUCUUUCUAAACAGCAAUACAUUUGAGGUUACAAUAGAAUAAUAUGGACAUAUCAACAUUUAGUAUCUCUUCUACACGAGGAAGCCCAACUUCUCUACACUGUUUAUUGGCAUUAGAUUUGUUUAAUGAAUUUGUUUAGACUAGCAUAAGAGAAGAGCUGGGUGUCAAUACUUGAACAUGCUGUGUUUGAAAUUAGGUGGUCAAUAGAAGAAAAAUAAAGAUUACAAUUGUUUACAUGAAUGAGGGAAUACAUCAAGUUGUUAAUUAUAUUAGACAUACUAUUGCAAGCCAGUAUCUAGGCAGUGAAGAUGGAGUCAUCAAAAGAGGUUAAAUAAUCACCGUAACCCAGUCAAGCUUCUAAUGUACUGUAGUUAUGAGUGGAUUUUGCAAUUCAUCAUGUACAACUUUAGUUUAACCUCAUGUGAAUUUCUCCUCCCUUACUUUGACAUAUUGCAUGCUAAACUUCUAUAACUUGCAAGCUAGAAACCCUUAUUAAGCUAUACACCUUUAAAAAUAUAUAUAUAAAUACAAUAAGUAGCUGAAUUUUUCAUGUUUCAGUUGAACAUGUUUUUUUUUUUUACAAUUAUGUUUAAUUUACAGUUUGGUGCUAUGGUAUUUAUUAUGUUGAAAUAAACUUGAGUAUUCCCCUC